AUGCCGUCCACUCCGUACAAAGGCUCGCUCAAGGCCAAGAGAAAGAACGAGCUCACCGAGAUCGCCACGGCACUCGGCAUCGGCCUCGACGCGUCUCAGAAGAAGGAGGAGCUCGAGGAUCUCAUCCGCGAGCAUCUCAUCAGCCACAAGAGCCAGUACUCGGCCAAUGACAACUUCAAGGGUCUCAUUGACAGCCUCGACUCCGGCCGCAAGCGCUCGGCUCGCUCCAGCAGCGUCAACGGUAAUGCCGACUCGGACACGUCUGACUCGCCGGAAUCGUCGGCGCGCUCGCCCCGCAAGCACUCGCAGCGCCCUUCCAACCUGGGUACCCCUCUGUCGACGGCGCCCUUCAAUGCCAUCCCCGCUACCGCCGCUGAUCUUGCUACCACCGUCAAGCAGCGCGGUCUCAAGGCGCGCAAGUCGCUCGACAAGCUCGUCGACACCAUCUCGGACAAUGCUCGCUCCACCGCCAGCGAGCUGACCAGCGAGGUGCAAGACGCUCAGAGCGAAGUCGCCGCUGGCUUCCACGCCGUCCAGGGCGAAGCGGCCAAGCGCUACCGCAAGGCCAAGCAGGACGGCCACAAGCUCUUUGUUCGCGCCCGCACCUGGUUCAGCGACACGAAGAACCUCGUCCGCCUUCUCGUCGCUUUCGAAGGAAUCUUGCUCGUGCUCGCUACGCUUCCUACCUCCUACGUCGAACUCGGAACGCGUGGCCCCAAGAUCCCCGUCAUCAACCCGAAGAACGGCAUCAACGGCUACCUGCCGCACUGGGCCGUCACGUUGCCCGACCCGCGCGGCCUGAUCAGCCUCGACUUUUACCGCCCGCUCGUGCUGUGGGCCAUCUACAGCGUGAUUGUUCCGCUCGCCGUCUCUCACCUCGUCACGUUUGACCGCCGCGCCCAGCCAUCGGCCUACUCGUUCCUGCUGGCCCGUCUCUCGGCUCUCUUCUUCCUGGCGCGUGUGCUGCCCAACAGCACCCUGACCGCGCUGGGCCUACCUUCGCCUGCCGUGCUCGGCGUCGCUGCCGGUGAGGUUCCUGAAUCGGGUCUCAUCCGAGGUCUGCGCUCGCUCUUUUCGUACGACUACGUUCUGGCGCAUCUUGGCGUCGAUCUGCAGAUCUGGGCCACUGCCACCGUCUUUGGCUUUGCUCAGUACGAGGCCAUCGCUAUUCGACCUCGUGCGGCCUAA